AUGCUUGGAGCAGGCGCUUCGGCAACAUCGCGCUCUGCGAGGUUCGGACUGGGAGCAAGGGGACUCACUUUCGGGUUGGAGACACAGGAGGAGCCUGCAGAGCCGCUCAGGUUCUACGAUAAGUUGAACAAUUGCGAUAUCUCCUGUGACGUGGACAGAGAGGAAAACACUCAGCCAGGUUUGCGAUCUGUCAGAUCUUGUGGUGAGGGCAAGGUUUACAGCAGUGGUACGGGACGCUUCACUGGCUUCGAAGAUCACAAGGGGAAAUCAAUCCUUGCGAAGUACGAGGACGGCUCUAUUGCAGGACUUGCUGUCGACGCUGGGGCCGGGAAGAUAGCUCUCUGGACCGCCAGUAUCGAGUACCCUUUGACCGAAGAACCUGCCUCCUCGAUCCCCACCUCUCAGGACACGACCGCAUCCGAGAAGUUACGAAAGGAACUAUUGCAAACCUCGCUACUACAGCUGGGCCUGCAAUCACCACCUGAUGAGGACAACAAGCUCUCCAUUUUGCGUCCUCUGCCUCAAUUCCUCACCUCCACUCCGAGCAAGCGCACGAUCGUAUCUCAAAUCACGAACGCCAUCGCGGCACCGCAGUUGGGGUCGCAGCUCAGCGUAUUAAAGGAUGCCAACGAUGAAUUCCUCUUCCAUGCCUUGCAAGAAGGCAUGGGUCUGAUGACAACAGCAAGAGAGGACGCAAAAUCAUCGAGCGAUCCAUCAACAUGGCAACCCAAGCACAUUAUCGUCUGUCAAGAUGGCGAGCUACCUAGUCGCGAACUGACGCCUCUCUUCGAUCUGGCACUAUUCUACAGCACUCUCGCUGAGGCACGCAAGCGGGAGGACCUUUUGUCGACGGAGCCCUGGGGAACUGGUGAGGCAGUGCUGUACGGCGAAGCGGUGACGAGCACGCAGACCAUGCUGGACAAGAACCCGGUGCUCCUCAGUCAGCUGCCCACCCCGCUCCUCUCUCUUGCUUCAUAUCAGCUCGCAGGCAGAGGGAGAGGAUCUAAUGUCUGGCUCUCGCCCUCUGGCUGUCUUCAGUUCUCCAUCCUCCAGCGUGUGUCACUGUCUGGACCCGCGGCUUUCCCUCCAGCGAAGAUAGUCUUUGUACAGUACCUCUUCGCACUGGCUGUAGUGGAGGCGUGCCGUGAUGAAGCAGUUCUCGGACCCCGUGUGGGUGAGAGGAUACGCGUAAAAUGGCCGAACGACCUGUACGCGCAGGUGAGUGAUGAUGGGGAGGUUAGAAAGGUCGGGGGCGUGCUUGUGAAUACGAGUUUCUCGGGAGGAAAGGUCGAUAUUGUGAUUGGAUGCGGCCUGAACGUGCUUAACCAACCGCCGAUUACAUCGUUGGCACAACUUCAUCCUGGUGCGAAAGAGAAGUUGAGCAUCGAGAAGACGGCAGCCGUGAUCAUGGCGAAGUUCGAGUCGAUGUGGAAUGUCUUCCUCCGGGAAUGUUCGUUCGAGCCGCUGCUCGAUCUCUAUCUGAAGCGGUGGCUACAUUCAGACCAAGUCGUCACUUUGACCACGACAACCCCUCAUAUCAAGGUCCGAAUUACGGGCAUUACUCUGGAUUACGGCCUAUUGAGGACGAUUCCAGAGAGGACGGGGCUGGGAAGAGGAGCAUCGGAAGGAGAGUUCAUCGACUUGCAGCCAGAUGGAAACAGCUUCGACCUCAUGGCGAAUCUCAUAAAGUUGAAGAGUUGA